AUGGUCUAUGAGUACACGGGUUUCAUUGUCGAGGAGUUCGAAAGUCUCCACAGAAGACUGCGUACUCGGCUUCUGCAUGAGCAACUCCAUAGGCAUCCAACUGAGGUUUUUGGACAUACAACUGCUCACACAUUUUUUGGGACAUAUCGUGCAUGCGGGCACGAAUUCGAAAUUGGCAAGACUACUGCGACUGAAAUAGUUUAUGAAGUGUGUCGGGCCAUCAUCGCAGAGUUCCGAGAUGAAGCCUUACCGACGCUCAUGCGUGAAACCUGGGCUGAAAGCGCCGAAUUUUACGAAAUUUUCCAAAGGUACUUACGUGGCGUAGGAGCCAUCAACGGAAAACAUUUUCGUUGCGUGCGCCCAUAAGAAGUGGAAGUAGUUAUUACAACUACAAGG